CCGGAAACUCUGGGAGCCUGACCUGCACACAAGACGUAGCACAAAAACACACAUAGUGGAACAGAAAAAAUAUCACAAGUUGUAACAGGGUGCUGGAGGGUUGUUAUAGUUAGUUUUAUUUUUUUUUUGUAGUGGGUUCUUGGGGUGGUUACUUUCAACCAUCUACUACGGAAGCUACAUCUCUCCCACUGCUAUUGCACAGUAGAUCUGUAUCUCGCUUUCCUUCUGAUUAUAACUAAUUUUAUAGUUACUACCAAUUUUCAGGUAUCACAGGGUUCAAUUUAAGAUUAUAAAGUGAAGCACGGGUUAAAGAAUGGGUGGAAAAAAGUUUGGACGGAGAACUGACGAUUAUGUGAAUGCACAGAACUGGCAACCAAGGCACAAAGCAUGCUCAGAUAUCUCUGACCGCACUGAGCUGAAAGACAAGAAGAAACCAGGAAAGAUCUUCAGAUCUGCUUUUGGUCUCCUAAUACUUGGUGUUUUAUUAACACUCUGUGCUGUAGGGAUCCUUUAUCACAAUAAAGUGAUUUCACAUGAGAUAUUAAGUAAGCAGUAUUCUAAUGUUACUGAAACAUUGAGGAUGCAGGAACAUGAAACCAAGGAAAUAAAAAAACUGUUUGAAGCACUGAAGGUGGAGCAUCAGCAAGUUCAGGAGGAACUUGCAGCAUGCAGUGCAAAUAAAAACAAUGGACAAUGUGAGGAAGGAUGGAAGUCUCUUGGUUUAAAGAGUUAUUACUUCUCCAGUUUUAAACUGAACUGGACACAGAGUCGAGAUUACUGUGUGGAGAAAGGAGGCCACCUGGUGAUUAUAACCAGCCAAGAACAGGUUUGA